AUGACCAGACCAAAAGAGUGCCAUAACGUGGUCUUUCUACCUGGCGAUCUCUUCUGGAUGAUUCUAGACUACCUAGAACCAAACGAAUUAGUCCGAUGUCGCCGCGUCUCGCGUGCCUGGAACGAAGCCUUUAGCAACCCGGCCAUCCUACUUCCACGCCUGAAGAAAACGUUCCCAUGGACAGAAGAAGUAAAAAACCUGGGCUCAGAGACGUUACCUCAAGAGCAGAGCCAAGGCCGUCGUCUUUUCGACCAGGUUGCUUCACGAUAUGAUCACCUAAAACGAGGCAAACCCCGCUCUGUUCAGAAGUACCGCCUCUGCGAUGACUUUGGCAGCGCUGGAGACCGUGAAUGGUAUCAGGUGCAACCAUGGGAGUCACACGCCAGUCAUAUGAGGCGCUUCCUUGACCGCCAGUUCUCUGAGGCUUUGUGGACUUUCGAGGAUGGCCUACUGGUCUACCCCAGCGCCGAUCAUCAGUUUCUUGUACUCAUGGAUUUGGAAACAGACCGGCAGUUUAUGGUGCCAUUUAUUACUCGUGGCAAGGUUAUUCGUCGUGUGCGACUGCAGAAGAGCUUGCUUGUCAUUGAGUGGGCUGAACCGAAAGCCUUUCACUGGUUGAAUGAUAGCGAUGGCGUGCAUCGUCACUUCGCAUCCUCCUUCAAUGUGACGAGAAGCGAGAAUCAGGGCUGGAAUAUUGUCCCGCGCAAUGAAUGGAAGAUAUUGUUUUUGGGACAUCCACUGAGCGAGCGAGAUCGGUUCUUCUCCUCGCACAGCAACACUCACUAUGUGAUUUAUAUAUGGCAGCCAAAUCGCAGCUUGUACACUGCCGAUGAAGAUGCGCCCAUUGAGUCUUUGUUUGUCUGGGACAUAUCAAAACCGUCACCAUACCGACCUUCACUGGAUCCUACGGGACGACUGGGAGACUCACCUGGUGACUCGCCAUCAAUCGUUGCACGAUUCGGAUUCCGAGACCUGGAAUUCUUUGACAUCCGACAACGAGGCUGUCCAAGCAUUCAACGAUUGGAACUUACGGAUGAUUCACAAGCGGUCGAAAUAACAGAAAACGUUUGCAUCCGGCCAGAAGACCAACCGCCCGAGCCAUUCGGUUUUCCUCACCCUACUACCACAAGUAUUCCUCUAGUUGGAAAUGGGCCCCAUUGGCGCCGAGAUUUUGAGGGUAUACUCCCGCCUUACCGUGGAAACUGCAGCAUGCAGGCCGAGAGUAUGAGGUUCGAUGGGUCUAUCAUGACGGACCCUUGGUAUGGUGUCCUUUCUCAGGUGACUGUACAUGAGCCUGAUCUUGGCUUUUGUCUUCACUUCGAUCCUUGGAUGUGGAUCCAAGAGCAGAUUGUCUAUUUGACAAUUCAGACACCUCGUUCUAGCAUCACUUGUGACAAUUGGGAUUUUGUCGGCAAGGGAAAAAUUGCUGGUUGUGAGAGAUACUUGGUGGGCGAGAAUUACAAUCGAGAGCUAGUGAUUUACCGGUUUGAUAGAUGA